AUGAGCAACAUGACAACGAAGAAGGUUAUCGAAAUUGAGGAUGCCGUAGAAGUAGGGCCUCCUCGAAAGCGAGUAAAAUUCUAUCAUUUCGCCGAGGAGGUCCUCUUCGAGGUCGUCGAAGGGCCGAGGAAAGGAGUGAAGAGGACGCGAACCAACGGGCCGGAGAUUCGGAAGGUGAAGGUGGACGUCAACGAGUCGCCGGUGAAGAGGAGAAGGCCGAAGGAGGUGUCGCAGGAGGAGAUGCUGGCCACGUUCGGCACCGAUGCCGAGCCAAUCGAGAUCGACACGACGCCGCACAGCUAUUUUUGCUAUCGAUACUGUGUGGCCGGUUGUGCGCAUGACUGCCCGUGCCGAAAAGAUCAGGUGCGGUGCUGCCCGCGGUGCCCGUGCAAUCCUCGCACGUGCACCAAUUACGAUCUGGAGCGGGAGCACCAACGGCGGUCGGCGAGAGCAUCGAGGGCCGAGCGUAGGCGGACGGCGAAUCGAGAGUGGGCCGCGAUGGAGCCGAUGACGGAUGGGAUGGCGGAGCAGGAGCGACGGUUGGCGGAGAAGGCGGCGGCGGCGGCGUUGGUGAAGCCGAGGUGGAGCGUGUUUGCGGAGGAGGAGGAGGAAGAUGAGCCCGAGGAGAAGAAGGCGACAGUUUGGAAUUGCAUUCGAAAAUUGAAAACGACGGAAAACGGAUCAAUGCGAAGAAGAUUUCAUCAAUGGAAUGGAACGAGUCGAUCAGAAGAAUGGAAGACAUCUGUCGAAGUGGCUGAGCACAAGAUGAUGGUGCGAAUCGAAUGAUUAAAACUGACACACAAUGUUGAGAUAAGAGAACCUGGAAUUGAAGCCGAUGAUGUGCUGAAGGGAAUCAGAUCAGCAAUUGAUUCUCAAUUGAAAUCGGAAGACGGAAGCAUGUAA